AAUAUGAUUUUGACCUUACCUCAAAAAAUAAAAUUUAGUUAUAUUCCUCGAAUUUUGAUUACUCGAUUUUCUUUUAGUACAGAUAAAAACUACAAGCCUCUCGAAAUAUAAAUCAUAAAAUGGCAUCUUCCAAAUGCACAACUAUCGUGAGGUAUAUGAGUUCAGCUUCAUCUCAAGGAAUGAUCAAACCUCCGAUUAAAGUAUUUGGCAUUGAAGGGCGAUAUGCUACAGCACUGUUUUCGGCUGGUAGCAAACAAAAGAAUCUGGAAACUAUAGAAAAAGAUUUAACUAAAUUUCAGACUGCAUUAAAAUCUGAUGAAGUCUUAAAGGAAUUUGUUGAUAAUCCAAUUAACAAAAGGUUAUUAAAAGCCAACACUUUACAACUGGCUGCUAAAAAACUUGCAUUGUCACCUCCAUCAGCCAAUUUCUUGGGUAAAUAUAUUUUGAUUCUAAUUUAACCCUUUGUCGACCGA